AUGGCAACAACUCAUCAGCUAUUUAAAAUGAUGAAGUCGUUGGCCUUAAACUUGUUCCAAAAACUACUUCCACUUUUAAUGGUGUCGCUGUUGUUAAUGUUGGCAACAACCUCCUUAGCCACGACAACAGCAUCGGUCGUGGAAGUAACAUCCUCAACACCAUCAUCAUCGUCUGCAAGGCGCAAUCAAUUCGCUGGGCGAACUAGAUUUUCUUUCGUACGAACAACAACACCAGUGCCACCAUCAUUACCAAGGCCCCCACAAUUGAGACGUCGUCUUGGCACCACCACCACCGUGAGUAGUAUAUCAGCGGCCGCCCCCACCACCAGCACUACCACCACAACAACAACAUCGUCGCCUGCAACGUCGGCAAAGAUGGCCCAACGACAAAGACGACUGCCACAGGCAAGGCAGCACGCGGCAACAUCCACGAAAAUUACCACCUCUAAGCCACCAGCAAUUUUAGGUGAAGCGCCAACAACAACAUUGGCUUCGACACGGCUUGUUAGGCAUGUGGAUGCGACCACCCCUAAAUCGAAUAGCAACAAUAAUGAUGAUGAUAGUAGUAGUGGCGGCAUACGACAACAUCGUAGUUUUCAUAGCAACAGUCGCAAUGAUCGUUCAUCAGAUGUUGUGGUCGUCGUCCGCAAUGGGGAACAUGGGGAAACAAUUCAGCAUAAAAAUCAAUUUUCUACGAAACGACGAACAUUUGGACUAGGGGCCGCCGUCACCACUGAAGGUACCAUCAACAGUUCCUCAGAGAGUCCCUCGACAAGAUAUCAACGCUUUAGAACGACAUCAAACAGCAACAAUAGGCUGCAAUCAUCUUCGACAACGGCUCACUUUGAUGGCCGACGACAAUCAUCGAAAAUCACUUCUUCAGCGGAUGACUAUGGUCCUAAACUCGGCACAAUCAGCAGACACCAAAAACUGAGUCAUGAGGUUAUGCGGUUAUUGUGGUCACUAACGACACGAUCCGGCCCCAUGAGCGAACCAACAGCGGGCAAGCAUCCAGCCAGCAACCAAUCUUGUGGUGCUGGUCAUAAAUAUGUCUGGCCCCACGAAAAUUCCUAA